AGUAAACAAAAGGUACUUGACCGCAAAAUUCUUGAUUUAUUUGAUAGCUCCCAAACAAAUAGUAAAAUGUGAAAAUCAAAAAUGAUUCACAGUUCUGGUAAAUAGGUGCCAUGGUCUUUCUAUGGAGCUUCAAAUAACAAACAGCAAUGAAGCUUUCUUUCUUAUUAUUUCGACCACCUCAUAAUAUAAAUCUUGCUGUAUAUAAGACCUUUUUCAUUAUUCUCUUUAUAAUUCUUGUUAUUUCUACGCUUUCUGCAUUGUCAGUAUAUUAUUCUGGGAUUUCAAGAGAUGAGAAUUAUCAUUUUAGCAGAAUAGAUUUGAAUAUUCAUAAUGCUCCAAAAGUUGAAUUGCCCUCUUCAGUGGAAACGAAAAGAAGAAAUGAAAACUGUACACAUUGGGAUUGCUUCAAUAUAUAUAAAUGUGGGCAUACAGGACAUGAUAGAAUUGCAGUAUAUGUUUACCCAUUUAAACAAUAUUUUAGCAAGGAUGGUGUUCCUGCAGUUUCUUCUGUUUCAAAGGAAUAUUUUGAGUUAAUUAAGGCUGUAGUGAAUUCAAAUUAUUACACUGUGAAUCCACUUGAAGCCUGUCUUUUCUUGACUACAAUUGAUACUUUGAACCAAGAGAGAUUAAAUCUUAAUGUUACUUCUGCUGCUCUUCAUUCCUUACCAUAUUGGAAUGGUGGGGAAAAUCACAUAAUUUUCAAUAUGAUACCUGGAUCUCCUCCUGAUAUGUCUACUGUUAUUGAGUUAGAUAUUGGGAAAGCCUUAGUAGCAGGAGCAGGCUUUGACACAUACUCAUUCCGCACAAACUUUGAUAUUUCUCUACCUCUUUUUAGUCCUUUAGCAAAAGUAGCAGUACUAAAUGACAUAUCCAAGAAAAGGAAUUGGUACAUCACUUCAUCUCAACUAGGUAUUGAUCCAUACUACUUAGAUGAACUCCAAAAGCUGUCUUAUCAGCAUGAAAAUUUAUUUUUAAUAUUAGACGCUUGCCAUAAUCACAAUUAUACUAGUCGAUGCGAGAUCAAUUCUGGAAAACUUUAUUCCUAUCCCAAAAUUUUAAGAGAUAGUACUUUCUGCCUUAUAUUUCGAGGGGAAAGAAUGGGGCAGUUUGCCCUCUUAGAGGCCAUGGCUGCAAAUUGCAUACCGGUGGUUGUAAUGAACAGUGUCGUUAUGCCAUUUAAUUCUGUGAUAGAUUGGAAACGUGCAGUUAUCUUUGUGAUGGAGGAUUAUUUAAAUACUCUCAUUAAAGUUCUGAGUAAGGUAUCAGAAAAACGCAUUAAUGAAAUGAGGAAAAAUAUAAAAUUUUUAUACAAUAAAUAUUUCUCCAACAUGAAAAAAAUUACUUUAACAACUUUGAGUAUCCUACAAGAUAGAAUAUAUCCCCACUGGUGUAAGAUGUAUGAUGAUUGGAAUAUCCCUUCUUACGAGAGAAACAAAAAUCCCCUUUUUAUGCCCCACACUGCUCCAAAGUCCCAUGGUUUUACUGCAGUAAUUUUAACAUAUGAUAGGGUGGAAAGUUUAUUUACACUUAUAAGGAGGCUAUCUAAAGUUCCUAGUCUUAUGAAAAUACUUGUAGUGUGGAAUAAUCAGAAAAAACAUCCACCAGCAUUUUCAGAGUUCCCAAAGGUGCAAAAACCAGUUAAAGUCAUAAAAACCCGUGCAAACAAAUUAUCAAAUCGAUUUAUACCUUAUAAAGAAAUAGAAACAGAAGCGAUUUUACACAUAGAUGAUGAUAUUGUGAUGCUAACAGCAGAUGAGUUGGAAUUCGGAUUUGAGGUUUGGAGAGAAUUUCCUGAUAGAAUAGUUGGUUUUCCAUCUCGAACGCAUAUUUGGAACAAUGUUACCAAAAGCUGGAAGUACGAAUCUGAGUGGACUAAUGAGAUAUCAAUGGUGUUAACUGGGGCAGCUUUUCUCCAUAAAUAUUGGAGUUACAUGUAUACUAAGAAACUAACACCAGAAGUAAGAGAUUGGGUUGAUGAAAACAUGAAUUGUGAAGAUAUUGCAAUGAACUUUUUGGUAGCUAAUAUAACUAAUCAACCUCCAAUCAAGGUUACUCCAAAAAAGAAGUUUAAAUGUCCUGAAUGUACUAAUAACGAGAUGCUAUCUGCUGAUAUUGGACAUAUGGUUGAGAGAUCUCAGUGCGUUGAUAGAUUUGCAAAAAUAUUUGAGAGAAUGCCUUUACAAUCCGUUGAAUUUCGGGCAGAUCCAGUACUUUUCAAGGAUCCAUUCCCAGAGAAACUGAAAAGAUUCAAUGAUAUUGGCAGUUUAUAAGCUCAACUCAUUCCUUUAUGUAAAUAAUCUAUUACUAAAUAUAUAUACAUUUCAUGAUUUA